AUGGAAUACUCGCGCACGAUAGAGAUGCUCGAUUCGCCUGGAGUCUAUGGAGUGCGGCCUCAUUCCAGUAACGAUCCCUCUCCACCAACAGAACAUCGCGGUCUGCGAGCGGCUCAGGCGUGCGUUGCUUGCAGGAAGCAGAAGCGAAAAUGUGACAAACAGUUACCGUUGUGCUCACUCUGUUCGCGCAUGGGCCGAUCGUGCGACUAUUCGGACAGCACGCCGACUCCGAAUGCUGAUGAUUUUGCCAUGCUCCGCCAGAAAGUCACCGAUCUGGAGGCUAAGCUCGAGUCGAGGGAUACGCCGUGGGGCAGGACGAAUGUUAUUGGAGGCGGCAGAUCGUAUAUCUCGAGUCCUGACCAGAGCUUGCCCCCAGAGCAGUCGUCAAGCUUCCCUCCUAUGUUCCUGCUAGACUCGGAGAUCUUCAAGGAGACUCGGAUGAUCAUCCCUAAGCCUGCCAUUAAACUUGGCCCAGAAGUCUACAAUACUCUCGGCUCCAUCAUCGAUGUGAGAGAUAUCGUAGAUCGCUAUUUCGAGAACGUCCAUCUGUGGUUACCAAUUGUGUCGAAGAAGCGCACACAACUGACACUUGAAAAGCCCGCUCCAGACAUCCCAGCCGAUCUAGCUCUUCUGCUAUUGGCGAUGAAGCUGAUCGGUCAAGGCGGACAUCAAAAUCCUAUAGAAGCCCAAUCGCCUCUGUACUGGAUGGCUAAGCACUGCUUUUCGUUGGUCGAGUCUGGAGGCUUGAUGACCGUGCAGUUCUUGCAAUCCGCACUGCUCAUUACUGCCUAUGAGAUUGGAAAUGCGAUUUACCCAGCGGCGUACCUCUCAAGCGGUCACUGUACCAGGAUUGGAAUCCUAAUGGGUAUUCAUGAUCGCCACCACGCCCCCCAAAUCUUGAGAAAAAGUGGCGCAUGGUCAGAAGUUGAGGAGAUCAAACGCUGCUGGUGGGCAGCCAUGCUUUUCGACCGCUACGUUCACCUGGGCAGCGAGGGGCAUCAGUUGGCGACGGAUGAUCCACCAUUGCAGACAGUACUUCCAGCCAACGAAUCUUCAUGGGAUGAAGGCGACAUGACGACCAGCGAACCCCUCUACAUGUCUACUCCGACUUCCGUCCGCGCGGGCGCGUUUGCCCGCACCUGUCAGGCCACUCAUCUGAUGGGCAGGAUGAUUCGGGUCCUUAACGAUCGCUCAUCUGACCCUGCCACUCGCUUUGCUGAAGCAAUUCAGCUUCACCGCACCCUGACAGCACUAUCCAACGUCCUGCCCUACGAAGUGUCCGAGAGUGCAGCGCAGUACUCGACAGCAAUGGGACUCUGCUAUAGCAGUCUUCUUCACCUGUGUGAGCCAUUCAGCUGCACAGAAACCAACAGAGGCGACCAUACCCUGGAGGAGACAGAGAUGCAAGCGAUAUCGAUCCCAGGCAUGCAAGAGGCUGCUGGAAAAGUGCUUGAAUUCUCUUUGGUACUUCAAAAGCUAAUGGACCAGAAUCUGUCUGCCAUCAGUCCCCUCCUGGCAGACUGUCUGUACUCGGCCACCGCCACGUUUCAAUGGUUGGUUCAUGAGACAGGUUCUGAGGAAUAUAUCACUGGCUACAAUUCCCUGAGAUCCAUCCUUGUGGAGAUGAGCAAGAGAUGGGUGGUUGCGGGGGAGUACGUCAAAAUACUAGAGGUACGUCUGGAAUAUAUAUUGCAGAGCCAUCGCUAA